GCCCGCCCCCGGCCCGCCCCUCGACGCUGCGCGCGGCGUUCGCGAAGGACGCCAUGGCGCGUGAGCUUCGCGUUCUCCUCAGGUGGAGCCGCUGCCUGCGGGCGUCCGUGCCGGCGGCGGUCCGGGGAGGAGGAACGGUUCUGUGUCCUUGGAGGGCCCCGGUCCAACUCACGAGCCCACGGCGACCCCUGGCGUGGAGCGUUCCCUCGAGCAGGUGGCUGAGCACUCACGCUGCAGAGGGCGAGGAGGAGGAGCGCCCACGGGCCGGCAUCGGCCCGGAGAGCGUGCACGGUUCUGUUUCCAAACACGAAUUCCAGGCAGAGACCAAGAAGCUUCUGGACAUCGUUGCCCGUUCCCUGUACUCAGAGAAAGAGGUGUUCAUACGGGAGCUGAUCUCCAAUGCCAGUGAUGCCUUGGAAAAACUGCGGCACAAGCUGGUGUCUGAUGGCCAGGCACUGCCAGACAUGGAGAUUCACCUGCAGACAGACGCCGAGAAAGGGACCAUCACCAUUCAGGACACUGGCAUCGGGAUGACCCGGGAGGAGCUGGUGUCCAACCUGGGGACCAUCGCCAGGUCAGGGUCAAAGGCCUUUCUGGAAGCACUGCAGAACCAGGCGGAGGCCACCAGCAGGAUCAUCGGCCAGUUUGGAGUGGGCUUCUACUCAGCCUUCAUGGUGGCCGACAGAGUGGAGGUCUACUCCCGCUCAGCAGCCCCGGGGAGCCUGGGUUACCAAUGGCGUUCAGACGGCUCCGGGGUGUUUGAGAUUGCCGAAGCAUCAGGAGUCAGACCCGGCACCAAAAUAAUCUUGCACCUCAAGUCGGACUGCAGGGACUUCUCCAGCGAGGCCCGGGUUCAGGACGUGGUGACCAAGUACAGUAACUUCGUCAGCUUCCCCUUGUACCUCAAUGGAAAACGCAUCAACACCUUGCAGGCCAUCUGGAUGAUGGACCCCAAGGAUGUCGACGAGGAGCAGCAUGAGGAGUUCUACCGUUACAUUGCCCAGGCUCACGAUAAGCCCCGCUACACGCUGCACUACAAGGCAGACGCCCCACUCAACAUCCGGAGCCUCUUCUAUGUACCAGACACAAAGCCGUCCAUGUUUGAUGUGAGCCGGGAGCUGGGCUCGAGUGUCGCGCUGUACAGCCGCAAGGUCCUCAUCCAGACUAAGGCCACCGACAUCUUGCCCAAGUGGCUGCGCUUCGUGCGAGGUGUGGUGGACAGCGAGGACAUCCCCCUGAACCUCAGCCGGGAGUUGCUGCAGGAGAGCGCGCUCAUCAGGAAACUCCGGGACGUUCUGCAGCAGAGACUCAUCAAGUUCUUCAUUGACCAGAGCAAGAAGGACACUGAGAAGUACGCCCGGUUCUUUGAUGAUUAUGGCUUGUUCAUGAGGGAAGGCAUCGUGACCACGGCGGAGCAGGCAGUCAAGGAGGACAUCGCGAAGCUGCUGCGUUAUGAGUCAUCAGCGCUGCCCGCUGGCCAGCUGACCAGCCUCAUGGACUAUGCCAGCCGCAUGCAGGCUGGCACCCGCAACAUCUACUACCUGUGCGCCCCCAACCGGCACCUGGCCGAGCACUCACCCUACUAUGAGGCCAUGAAGCAGAAACACACAGAGGUCCUCUUCUGCUACGAGCAGUUUGAUGAGCUGACCCUGCUACAUCUGCGCGAGUUUGACAGGAAGAAGCUCAUCUCCGUGGAAACAGACAUUGUUGUUGACCACUACAAGGAGGAGAAGUUCGAGGAUGCAUCCCCAGCUGAUGCACGGCUCUCAGAGAAGGAGGCCGAGGAACUGAUGGCCUGGAUGCGGAAUGCUCUGGGGCCUCGUGUUGCCAACGUGAAGGUGACUCUGCGCUUGGACACGCACCCUGCCAUGGUGACAGUGCUGGAGAUGGGAGCCGCGAGGCACUUCCUGCGCAUGCAGCAGCUGGCCCGGACCCAGGAGGAGCGCGCCCAGCUCCUGCAGCCCACACUCGAGAUCAACCCCAGGCACGCGCUCAUCAGGAAGCUGAAGCAGCUGACAGCAAGUGAGCCCGAGCUGGCCCAGCUGCUUGUGGAUCAGAUCUAUGAGAACGCCAUGAUCACGGCAGGGCUGGUGGAUGACCCCAGGCCCAUGGUGGGCCGCCUCAACGAGCUCCUCGUCAAAGUCCUGGAGCGGCACUGAGAGCCCAGGAGGAAGGA